AUGUCUAACCUCUCGGUGCAAUUGACUGCCCCGAACGGGCGUUCUUACGCCCAGCCUAUCGGCCUCUUCAUUAACAACGAAUUUGUUGCGUCCAAAUCCGGCGAGCAGAUCUCUAGCAUCAACCCCUCAAACGAGUCAGAGAUUACUUCCGUGUAUGCCGCCGGUGAGGAGGAUGUUGAUAUCGCAGUCAAGGCUGCCCGUAAGGCUCUGAAGGACCCCUCAUGGAAGCAGCUGUCUGCUACUGAUCGUGGUGCCCUGAUGCUGAAACUGGCCGACUUGAUCGAGCAACACAAGGAGACUUUGGCCACGAUUGAGACAUGGGACAACGGCAAGCCUUACUCUGUUUCUUUGAAUGAUGACCUCGGCGAGGUCACCUCUUGCCUUCGUUACUAUGGCGGCUGGGCCGACAAAGUGACCGGCCAGACCAUUGGCACCACCCAUCAAAAGUUUGCCUACACACUCCGCCAGCCAAUUGGUGUCGUUGGUCAGAUUAUUCCCUGGAACUUCCCCCUGGCUAUGGCUGCAUGGAAGCUUGGCCCUGCCCUUGCAUGCGGUAACACCGUUGUUAUGAAGGCUGCUGAGCAGACCCCUCUUAGCAUUCUGUAUCUUGCUAGUUUGAUUAAGGAGGCUGGUUUCCCCCCUGGUGUUAUUAACAUUAUUAACGGACAUGGUCGUGUGGCCGGUGCUGCGCUGGUCAAGCACACCGACGUUGAUAAGGUCGCUUUCACCGGCUCGACCAUCACUGGCCGUGAGAUCAUGAAGAUGGCUGCUGGCACAUUGAAGAAUAUCACCCUUGAGACUGGUGGCAAGUCUCCGCUGGUUGUGUUCGAGGAUGCUGACCUCGAGCAAGCUGCUAAGUGGGCACACGUCGGUAUUAUGUACAACCAAGGCCAGGUCUGCACUUCCACCUCUCGUAUUCUUGUUCACGACUCGGUAUACGACAAAUUUGUUUCUCUUUUCAAGGAAGUUGUGGCCUCCACCAGCAAGGUCGGUGACCCCUUCGCCGAUGACACCUUCCAGGGACCCCAGGUCACUAAGGCCCAGUACGACCGUGUGUUGUCGUAUAUUGAGGCGGGUAAGGCCGAGGGCGCUACCCUGGCUGCCGGUGGCGAGCCUUACAAGAAUGUCGGUGACGGACGUGGCUUCUUCAUUGCCCCAACCAUUUUCACCAAUGUCAAGGAUAACAUGCGUAUUUACCGCGAGGAGGUCUUCGGUCCCUUCGUCGUUAUCGCCAGUUUCGUUACAGAGGACGAGGCUGUCACCCGUGCCAACGACACAACCUACGGUUUGGGUGCUGCUGUCUUCACCAAGGACAUUGAGCGUGCGCACCGCGUUGCCUCCGAUAUCGAGGCUGGUAUGGUCUGGAUCAACAGCAGCAACGACAGUGACUUCCGUGUGCCCUUCGGCGGUGUCAAGCAGAGUGGCAUUGGCCGUGAGCUUGGCGAGGCUGGUAUGGAGGCUUACUCACAGACUAAGGCUGUGCACGUCAACAUGGGUUGCCGACUGUAA